UUCUUGAUUCUGCAACGCUUAAAAAAUCAAAUAUCAGAAAAUGGAAAUAGGAAAUAAGGUUUACCUAAAUAACAUUGACCAGAUAGAUGAAAAAUCGCAUAUCAAGGUUCGGGUGCUUAAAAUUUGGAACUUUGUCAGAAAUAAUAAAGUUUGUUCCAUUGAAAUGAUCAUCAUGGAUGAGGAGGGUACACAAUACCAAGCUCGUGUCUUCAAUCAGAAUUUCUCCAGAUUUCGUCAUCUUUUAAAGGAAGAUGAAAGUUAUAUAGUUAUAAAACCCAAUAUGGUUGCUGUUACUAAUGGUUUUAGUUAUACAGGUCAUAAACAGACCUUAACUUUGGAUUGGAAAAGCAUCCUAAAAAAAUGUGAUGAUUUCUCGGGUCCGGUCAAUGGAUUUAUGUUUGUUGACUUUAAUUCUAUCAUAGAACAAACAUGCCCAAAAGACACAUUCUUUGAUGUUAUUGGACAUAUCGUGUCAUUUAGGCCUCUUGAAACUUCAAAUCCAGUACCAUCCAAGCAUUAUAUAAAAGUCACUCUUAGCAACCUAGAUUCUGUACAUCUGAAGGUUACUAUUUUUGGAAGUCAAGCAUAUCAAAUUUCAGAAUACCUAAAAAAUAACCCGACUGUUAAUUUUGUUGUUAUCGUGAUGCAGUUUUUGAAGCUAAACAUUUGGAAUGGUCUUGGUGAAGCUAAAAGUCAUUUUGAAGUAACGAAAUUGUUCAUAAAUUCUGACAUUUAUGAAAUAAAUGAGUUUAAAAAUAAGUUGAAAUGUCAUGACAAUUUCGGUAUAACUGAAAAAAGCAUAACUACACUUCAAAGCUACUCUUCUUCAUAUACAGAUGACUUUAAGGGCAAUUUUCCAUUAAAAACAAUCUGUGAGAUCACCGAACCAAUUAAGGAAAUAAAGUUUUUAUUAGUUGCUUCCAUUGUUAAUAUAAGGCAAAAUCUACCAUGGUAUUAUGAAGCAUGCAAAAAAUGUGGAAAAAAAAUUAUCCCUGUUCCCAAAACCAAUCAUUCGUAUACCAACCCUGAGGGAAUUUCAGAAACUAUGGUUGUCGAGUGUACAAAUGCACAAUACAAAAAAUCUGAAUUUCAGUAUAUAAUUCCAAUUAACGUACAAGAUUGUACUGGAACCAUUGGAUUGACUCUUUUUGAUAGGGAAGCAAGGAGGUUGUUAAAUAUAAGUGCCUACGAGUUGAAAAAGAUACAUGAUGCGGCCGGAGACAAUAUUACAGAAUACAAUGUCAACAACUAUAAUAACAUCUACACAGUUCUCAGAGUUACAGAAGAUAUGUCCUUUGUUUGUGAAUUGGAAAGUAAAAUAGAACUUAUGAGUAAUCAAUCUGUCUCCUUAAAUCAAGUUGCUUUGGAAUCCGAUGAUGUUGUACAGCCUGUUCAAAAGGAUGUGAUCUCACAAACAGACGAAAGUUUUACACCCUCAACAGUUGAUAAGUCAACCGCAACAAGUCCUUGCAAAAUAUCAGGUGAUUUGAAGCGCAACCUCCAAGAAAUUUAUGAUGUUGAUUCUGGAUAUGAUUUAAGUUCAACUAAGGCUAAAAGAAAGUCAACCGCAGAGGAAACUCCACUCUUGAUUCCAAAAAUUGAAAAGUGA